CAUGGCUAAAAUGAUUAGAAACACACAAUAACUACAAGUACCAUGACUCAGACGACCGGAAAUUAAUUUAGGAAGCGGAAAUACGUACAACAGCGGAAGCGAAUGUAUACAAUGGAAAUAAAAAAAACAAUUAAGUUAUGAAAAACAAUAUUAAUUGCCUUUCUUUGUCGCCGCUGCAGAUAAAGAAAUGGCGGAUAUAUAGACACGAACCACUGGAGAAGCGGUUUCAUGGAUAAAAACAGAAUGAGCUGAUAGUUCCAGUGGUCUUUCAGAAGAGGUGGCAGAAGAGAGAGGCUGACCGGAAGAUGCCAAGAAGAAAACAACAGAAUCCUCAACCUGUCAAGUUGGAUUCUGAAGAUGGUGUAUUAACCAUUGGCGCUCCAGGAAGCCUGACCUUGAAGGCAGAUUUCCUUCUGGGACACGACCUUGAGUUUGGUGACCCGGGCCAUGACAAGAUCCUAGGCUUGGACGACAAGUACUCAGACUCUGUAGCGGCUGAGAUCGGCUUCUCUGUGUACCCUCUGGGGGAUGAGGAAGAGAGUUGUGCAUUCAGCCGUCUCAGUAUGGAGAGUGACGCAGAUGAGCCCCGCACCGCCACCGAGAGCUGCAGGGACCAGGAGGAUGGUCCAACCUCCCAGCCCGACCUCGAGCCCCCCUUCCCCCCCUACCUGUCCUGCCGGGGCUGUGGUCUGGAUCUGGUGGGACCCUACUGCCACCGCUGCUGCAAGGGAGGAGGAGGAGGAGGAGGAGGGGGGGGAUUCAGCGGCGCGUUCGGUGGCUUUCGCGCCGGUUCGCGGUCACAAGCGGACGAUAGCGAGGAAGGAGGGGACGUAACGGACGACAACUCCAUAAUGGGUGACGACGGUCCCAACUCCAAGCUCCACUCCUGCCAGUUGUGUGGGUUCUCCUCACGCUAUGCCAAUCACGUCAAGAGGCACAUGAAGACUCACAACGGGGAGAAGCCGUACCACUGUCCCCUGUGUACCUACGCCUCGGCCCAGCUGGUCAACCUGCAGAGACACCUGAGGAUUCACACUGGGGAGAAACCAUACAGGUGUGACUGCUGCUCCUUCGCCUGCAGUUCCCUAGGCAACCUGAAGAGGCAUCAGAGGAUGCAUGUGGCUGGACAGCCGGGACAAGGGGCGGGACAGGAAGCAGUGAGACCUGCCUGCGGAUCUCCUAUUGAUCCCUCUACUGUUGGUCCUCCUGCUAAUGGCCCUCCUGCUGUUGGUCCUCCUGCUAGUGGCCCUCCUGCUAGUGGGCAUGGUCUUAAGAGGAAGGAGGAGCCCAGUGCUUCAGCUGAAGAAGUGGUGAGGUCUGAUCUAAACCUCCACAACAGAGACUACCUGCCACGCUACAGCAGACUAAGGUUACAACCACCACUGGAGCAACAGCCCCCAAGACUUCUUGAGGGGCCUGGACUUGGGGCUAGGGUCGGGGCUGGGACUUUAGGAAGGUGUUUGACUGGGUCUAGGUCUGGAGUCAGACCUGUGGUGGGAGUGAAGUCAGAGGAGACACACAGAGACUCUCUCCUUCCUCUGCUAUUCCCCUUUACCUGUCGUCUCUGUGGUACCCCCCUGGAGGACGAGGACGGUUCCACUGCACAGAUCUGUGCCAAAUGCACCCUGGACAUGCUGACCAAGGAGUCGUCUGGCCCCAACAGCCCCGGAGAGCGUGGGGACAAGGUCUACACCUGCAGUGCCUGUCCCUUCCUCACCCACUACCCCAACCACCUGGCGCGACACAUGAAGACACACAGCGGAGAGAAGCCGUACAAGUGCCCUCAGUGCGACUACGCCUCCGCCCACUUCGACAACCUGAAACGCCAUCACCGCGUGCACACGGGCGAGAAGCCGUACAAGUGCCACCUGUGUGACUACGCCUGUGGGAACCUGGCUAACUUAAAACGUCACCAGCGGGUCCACUCGGGCGCCAAGCCGUUCCAGUGCGCGGUGUGUAGCUACAGCUGUAACCAGAGUAUGAAUCUGAAGAGACACAUGCUGAGACACACGGGAGAGAAGCCUUAUAAGUGCCAGCAGUGUGGAUACACCACGGGACACUGGGACAACUACAAACGACACCAGAAGAAACAUGGCCUCGCCACCGACGGCUGGGUCAAAGUUCAGAUGUCCGGCGGGGGUGAGGAAGAGGGGGGUGAGGAAGAGGAUGAGGAAGAAAGGGUGGCGGGACAGCCGCAGAGGAAAGAGGAAGAGGCGGUGAUGCAGUAUAUGUCCAGAUAGGAGAGGAACAGAGCUGUACCACAGAACAUGGGAAAUGACAGCUAAAACUACCAGCAAAAUCCUAGAUUUUUUUGUUUGUUGUUUUUGUCAAUGAUUUCUCUGCAGCUGCUAUGUAGAAUCAUGCACAAUUCUAGAACAUGGUGAUUAUUAGUGGACAUGUUUGAUUAGAAUCAUGCACAAUUCUAGAACAUGGUGAUUAUUAGUGGACAUGUUUGAUUAGAAUCAUGCACAAUUCUAGAACAUGGUGAUUAUUAGUGGACAUGUUUGAUGCCUUUUGGACAGAAAGGAGGGUGAAGGACGGUUGCUGCUGUGUUGCCAGAUGAAUGGACUGGGAUGAGGGUUCUACUUUAACGUCCGUAACUAAAUGCCGCCUGCAUUGUCCACCAUAUGCUGUUCUUUCCCCCCCCCAACGCAUACCAACAGUGCCGUAUAUAUCCUAACUUCAUUUACAUUAUGCCUUACAACCCACAUUUCAGUUGUUCUAUUAACUAGGUAUGCAUCUCUGCUAUUCCAUCUCCUCUAUAGUCUCCUCUAACCAGUCUGCUAUUCCAUCUCCUCUAUAGUCUCCUCUAACCAGUCUGCUAUUCCAUCUCCUCUAUAGUCUCCUCUAACCAGUCUGCUAUUCCAUCUCCUCUAUAGUCUCCUCUAACCAGUCUGCUAUUCCAUCUCCUCUAUAGUCUCCUCUAACCAGUCUGCUAUUCCAUCUCCUCUAACCAGUCUGCUAUUCCAUCUCCUCUAACCAGUCUGCUAUUCCAUCUCCUCUAUAGUCUCCUCUAACCAGUCUGCUAUUCCAUCUCCUCUAUAGUCUCCACUUACCAGUCUGCUAUUCCAUCUCCUCUAUAGUCUCCUCUAACCAGUCUGCUAUUCCAACUCCUCUAACCAGUCUGCUAUUCCAUCUCCUCUAUAGUCUCCUCUAACCAGUCUGCUAUUCCAUCUCCUCUAACCAGUCUGCUAUUCCAACUCCUCUAACCAGUCUGCUAUUCCAUCUCCUCUAACCAGUCUGCUAUUCCAUCUCCUCUAUAGUCUCCACUUCAUCCUCCAUAGCUUAUAUCUUCCUCAACCCCCCCCUCUCCCCAUACCCCUCUCAACCCCCCCUCUCCCUAUAACCCUCCUCGACCCCCCCUCUCCCUAUAACCCUCCUCAACCCCCCCUCUCCCUAUAACCCUCCUCAA